AGCACAGCGAGGAAACUGAAUGAUGAAACUGUGAUUUUGGAAAGUUUUUCCAUUAAUGAGGAAAAUAACGGAUUAGCCAUGACUCCACUGAUGGGUUGGUCAAGCAGAAAGCAUUUGAUGUCAAGAGGAAGUUUUGGAGAUGAAAUUGAAAAUGAUUACUCAACCAGUGAGAAAGUGAUAGAGAAUACAGCGGAAAUUCUCCAUAAGGAAGGCUACUCGAAAGUUGGCUAUAAUUACAUUAUAAUAGACGAGAGUUGGUCAGCACCUGUAAGAAACAAGGAUGGAGAUAUAGAACCCGACCAUAGACGGUUUCCUAAAGGAAUUCAUAAUCUUGCCAAAAAUCUUCACAAACUUGGCCUGAAACUGGGAAUUUCGGGUGACAUUGGCAGUGAGACAUGUAGCGGCCACCCUGGUUCGUGGGCCAACUUUGAUCGUGAUGCCAAAACUUUUGCUGGAUGGGAAAUUGAUUUUUUAAAAGUGAACGGAUGUUUUGCCAACGAGUCUAUGCUCAAUGAAGGAUACAAGAACUUUGGAAAAGCAUUGAUGAAUACCAAAAGACCUAUUAUAUACUCGAUCGAUUGGCCACUACAUGACCGCAAUGUCAAUUUCACCGAGGUUGUAAAAAUUAGCAAUUUAUGGCGAGUUUAUCAUAACGUUCAUGAUACGUUUGAAUCUAUCAUGAGUGUGGUAGACUAUGUCGGAGCAAAUCCAAAUAUUUUCAGGAAGUACUCCGGACCUGGAUCUUGGGCUGAUUUGGAUGUUGGGGCCCUGCGCCCCCCGCGGAACCCCACAGACCGCCAACAUCCCAAACUGGAUAACCACGCAGCCCCAAAACCUCCAAGUGCUCUCCUCCAAGGUGUACCGAGGUUACCAACUGUAUCAAAACUUGUCACUGUCUCCGGUCUCACUUAUCCACAGUGA